UUGAACCCUCCGCUCGACACAACCACACCCUCCAUCAGUUCCACUGCAUAGAUCUCUACAACCCUCGGCCCAUUCCGCCUCUACUCCGCCCAAUCCUCCAUACCUGAAGCAAUCCGAAUCUCCCACCUCAACCCCCCCCACGGCCCUCACCUCCUCCGAUCCAACAGAACAAGAAAUCAAUGCUUCUCCGCACCACCCGCCUCCCAGGCCUCCUCCGACCUACCAGCUGCAGCCGCCAGUUCUUCUCAACCACCACCACCACCGCCACCGCCAAAAUGACCUCCAACACGCCAGUCGAAGACCUCAUCCGCGAGAAGCUAACAGCAGCCUUCACGCCCACCACCCUCAUGAUCCGCAACGACUCGCACAAACACGCCCACCACGCGCCCAUGCGCGACUCCACCUCCAAGGAAACCCAUUUCCACGUAACAAUCACCUCCUCGUCCUUCGCCUCGAAACCCCAACCCGCGCGACACCGGAUGGUCUACGGCUUGUUAAAGGAGGAGAUGAGUCGGGAGGGCGGGAUCCAUGCGCUGCAGUUGCGGACGAAGACGCCGGAGGAGGAGGGGCGGGAGCGGGAGAGG